ACUUCCAAGGUCGAGAUCUCGACGAUUUUAUCGUCAAUUUGUGCAAUUAUCUUCACUAUGAAGGCUCAUGCGUGUCAAUAUCCCAGUUGCAGCAAAAGCUUCACCCGCGCUGAACAUCUCCGUCGACAUGCGCUUAAUCAUGAGCAACCACGUCUUGGUUUUACCUGUGAUCGCUGCUCUGUGCAUUUUCAGCGACCGGACUUAUUAGAACGGCAUAUGGAACGACAUAGCAAACGAGACGCCGAGGCAGGGGGACCCGGACUAGGCGUACUGAAGACCCGCAAAAGGACCCGCAGAGCUGGCGACGGGACAAUUGUUGUACGUCCGUCGCAGCGAGAGAUGCGAUCGGCGGUUAGAUCUUCGACCUCGACGACCAGUUCCGAUCGGGGGUGGACGGAGGAAGAAGAAGAUUUCGUGAAUCAUGCACCUCUUUCACCUCCCGGUUCUGGGACGGAUCUGACUUCGCUCUCUAUGGACGAGAAUGAUCAGUUCCUAGCGCCCAUGAUGCCUGGAGGUCCAUUUGAGCCAUAUGUUGAGCCUAUUCCUGGCCAAUUCGACGCGGCGGACGGGUCAUACAACGUUGGCGACGGAAUGGGUGAUUUGUUUGGUAUGGACACAGCAACCGAUUUCAAUCUCCCAUUUGCAGCCACCUGCAACUAUAAUUGGUUGUUCGAUGUCGCCUCUCUCGAUGACGCUUUUCAUGAUCUCGACUUCCCAUUAGGAUUCGAAACAGAGACUUUCGCAGACGGCAUGGAAUCAGUGAAUACCCAGGAAAUUAAUAAAAACGAUGGCCCGUCCGCAUUGCUUGAGGUUGCUUCAAUGAUGGAUAGAAUGCAAAGUUUACAAGAAACAAUGCCUUCGGUUGCACCGGAACUCGUGGAGAUGGAUUGGAUGUCUGGGGCAUCCUAUCUGGGGUCAAAUCCGCCUCAGCACUUGCCACGAGUUAACGAGGACGCUAGAGCUGGGAUUUUGUCCAUCGUGGCUCAAACACACCCCAUGGGCAUUGAUGGGCAGCCAAUGGCUCUAGAUUCUCCACUCCUGACAUUAAACGCGCUGCAGAGCUACUGUGACUUAUUCUUCACUCGCUUCAAUGCCACAUAUCCACUUGUUCAUCAACCGACAUUUAACCCCAGCGUCGUCGAUCCAGUUCUUCUUGCAGCAAUCCUAUUCAUGGGAGCUACGUACAGUACGCGGGAAGCGCACCAACUGGCGGUAGGAAUUCAUGACAAGCUCCGAAUUCAACUUCUGGGACAUUCAGAAUUUUCGCCUCAACCUGCUUUAUGGGUCUUGCAAAGCAUGCUUCUGAUUGAUUGUUUUGGGAAAAUGAGGGCUGGCCCAAAGCAGCGAGAGAAUGCACAACUUUAUCACUGUGUAUUGAUUAAACUCAUUCGCCGCAGUACCUGUUGCAGCAUCCAAGAUUCGCCGCUAGCUCAAUCGGAAGACUUGGAGCACGCAUGGCGACAGGCAAUGGAUCUUGAGCAGAGGAAGCGCUUGGCAAUGCAUUGUUUUAUGUGGGAUACCCAGCAUGCGGUUUUAUUCUCCCAGUCUCUGUGCAUGUCCGCAUUUGAGAUUAGGUCGUCCCUGCCUUGCAGUAGCGCUGCAUGGGAAGCAUCCUCGGCUCACGAGUGGGCCCAAUUAUCUGCUCGUGAAACAACUCGUCCCUUUCUGACGGUACUUAAGGGGUAUAUCACUACAGGAGCAGUUCCUCGUCCUCGCGAUUUGAAUGUUUUUGCCCGCUCUGUCAUCCUUCACGGAUUGAUGUCAGUAUCGGCUGAUCUAAAGCGCCGAGACCAGACUACACUGCGAUCAGAAACCCCUGAGAAAGUGGGGGCCUGGGUCCCACGUAUGAGCCGCUCAUACGAUCUAUGGAAAGUGGACUUUGAUGCAGAUUGUCUAGCAAUGAAAUUAUCCCAGACUGCCGAUCAACGUCGUUUCACCGGGCUCAAAGUGGCAUCACAUGCCCUCUAUCAUGCUGCCUGUCUUGCUUUGAACGUGGAAAUCUUGGACUUGCAGAUUGUUGCUGGUGCGACCAAUAUUUUAGGACGCCCUGUCACUCCGGCGGAUCAGUCACGAUCUCAGAGGAGUAUUCUUCGCUGGUUACAUGAGGAGUCGAGUGCAUCGUGGGAUGCAGCGCGUCAUUCAUCAACCCUACUCCAGGAUGCUGUCUUGAGUCUUAAUGACUGGAAUCAGACUGAUGCUUUCCAUUUCCCGUGGUGCUUGUAUCUGGCUACUCUGAACUGCUGGAUCUUCCAUCGUGGAAUGGAUUUGUCGGCUUCUGAGCACCGGAUUACCACGGAUCUGUCUUCGUUGAUCGUGAUGAUGACCAAUUGUCCCAACGAGACAGAAUUGGCCGCCUUAUCGGGCAGAUAUGACCCCAAGCCAUUAGCAGUGGCAAUGGCACAGCAGUUGGCGACUGUUAGGUGGGCAGUAGUGCAUGACGCAAUGAAAGUCUUGAUGAACUUGUCCUGA